AUGUUGCCAGAAAAUAUCAUUAUCGACUUUAGUACAGAUGGUGCUAAAGUGGAUGAAGGCCUGGAUCAAUUCUGGCCACAUCAAUAUAGAAUAUUAAAUAUUUCAGACAAAAGACCUAUAAUAGCAGGCAUAUUCCAAGGGAGACACAAACCAACCAAUCCCUUUGAAUUUUAUGAACAAUUUGUUCAAGAAAUUACACAAGUACGUGAAGAAGGUGGAAUUUUAAUAAGGAAUCGACGACUUCCUUUGAUAUUACGAUGCUUCAUUGCCGAUGCACCUGCGAGGGCAUUCGUUUUAAAUCACAAUGGCCAUACUGCGGCACAAGCCUGUUCUAAGUGUAAAGUAGAAGCUCACCGAUGUACAGUUGCGGGCGUUGCCGGGACAAUGGUCUUCCCAGGCUUUAGACAUGAACUUAGAACAGACGAUGAUUACGAGAAUGUCAUCGAUGAAGAUCAUCACAAAGGCAGAAGUCCUUUAUCGCCUCUGGUGGGAUUGGUUACACGUGUUCCAUUUGAAGCUAUGCAUUCUGUUUGA